AUGGUGUAUGAUAGUAGUCCAAAUGAAUUUUCCCUGUCUACUCUCAACAAUCUUAAUUUGCACUGUUUACUGCAUCUUCAAACAAAUCUGAGCUAUUGGAUAAUUGAGGAGAAUGAAGUAUAUUUGGAUGAAAAUAUUUUUUGGUCACUUUGUCCAGCUAACUGCAAUAUGAAUGGCACAUGCUCAAAAGGAAAAUGCAUUUGUAAAGAUGGUUUUGGAGGUGCAGCAUGUGACAUAGAUCUGAGGGUGCCUCCCCAAGUCAUAGAUUCACCAAGUAACAGAAUCUGUGAUUUAAAAUCAAAGAGAUGUCCUAAUAAAAUUGACAUCAAUGGGUUCAAUUUCCUCAACAGUGUCAACUUGACUUGUCAUAUUAAAACUUUGAUGAUUAUGAAUAAAACUUUGGAAAUGUCUAUUGAUGAGACUACAACAUCAGCCAACUUCAUCAAUUUCAACACUGUCAAAUGUCAAGUCAAUUUGUCAAGUAUUUUUGCCUUAGCCAUCAGUAACACAGAAGGCAUUCUUAGUACCUUCAUGAACUAUUUAUUCUAUAACUCCUCCUGCUUAAUUUGUACAACUAACCCAGACAGUUGUACCAUAAAGAUGGACUCUUGCUUUAUUACAAAUAGAUGUUAUUCAUUUAAUGAAACCUCCCUUGAUGAUAAGUCACUCGUUUGUGUACCAGCUAUAAACCAAACAUCAUUUAUCAAUAUGUCAACGAAGAAAGGGAAGGGAGUGGUAGAGCUUUAUGGUGGUAAAUUCUGGAGGGGGGAGGAAGAGUUUAAUGGAAGUGAUCAGGACCACAGCCCAGCCAAGCGUAGAGACAGGCUUUCAGUUCUGGGUUUUCUGGAGAGUUCUGUUAGCACAGAGAAGGACUAG